CGGAAGGAGGAUGGGGUUCGAGCUGGAUCGCUUCAGUGGGGAGGUGGAUCCCGACUUCAAGUGCAACCUGUGCAACAAGGUGCUGGAGGACCCGCUGACCACCCCGUGCGGACACGUCUUCUGCGCGGGCUGCGUGCUGCCCUGGGUGGUGCAGCAGGGCAGCUGCCCCGUCAACUGCCAGCGCAUCUCCACCAAGGAGCUCAACCACGUCCUGCCCCUCAAGAGCCUCAUCCUCAAGCUGGACAUCAAGUGCGACAACCACGCGCGGGGCUGCGAGGCGGUGGUGCCGCUGCAGCACCUGGGCGAGCACGCCGAGACCUGCGACUUCUCUCCGGCCAAGUGCCGCAACCGCGGCUGCCGCCAGGUGCUGAACCUGCGGGACGUGGAGGCGCACAUGCGGGAGCGCUGCGAGGCGCGGCCCGCGGGGCUGUGCGAGCAGGGCUGCGGGCUGGUGCUGACCCACGGCGAGCGCCGCGCCGGCGGCCACGGCUGCCUGCGGGGGGGGGGGGGGGGGGGGGGGGGGGGGGGGGGGGGGGGGGGGGGGGGGGGGGGGGGGGGGGGGGGGGGGGUGUCGCGGCUGGCGGCCGCGCAGCUGGAGCUGCAGGUGACGGCGCUGCGCUACCAGAAGCGCUUCACGCAGUACAGCGCCCGGCUGGAUGCGCUGGCCCGAGCCCGCGCAGCCUCCCCCGGCAAGGGUGAAGAAACUAAAGCACUGACUCUGGUCCUUCAUCGGGACUCUGGAUCUCUUGGAUUUAAUAUUAUUGGUGGCCGGCCGUGCGUGGACAAUCAGGAUGGAUCAUCCAGCGAAGGAAUUUUUGUAUCCAAAAUAGUUGACUCUGGGCCUGCUGCUAAGGAAGGAGGGCUGCAAAUCCACGACAGGAUUAUGGAGGUCAAUGGGAAGGAUUUAUCCAAGGCCACGCACGAGCAGGCGGUGGAGGCGUUCAAGACAGCCAAGGAGCCCAUCGUGGUGCAGGUGCUGAGGAGAGCCCCUCGCCCCAAGGCUUUCCCCAGCGCCCAGGAGCCGCAGCUGGUGGAUGUGGGCACCCAGACCGACAUCACCUUCGAGCACAUCAUGGCCCUGAGCAAGAUGGGCUCGCCCGGCGCCCCCGGCCCCGUGCUCGAGCCCUACCUGCUGCCCGCAGACCAUCCAUCCGUGCAUGAAUACUAUGACCCAAAUGACUACAUGGGAGGAAUUCAUCAAGAAAUGGACCGGGAUGAGUUGGAAUUAGAGGAAGUGGAUUUACACAGAGUGAACAGCCAGGACAAGCUUGGCCUCACUGUCUGUUACAGAACAGAUGAUGAAGAUGACAUGGGUAUUUAUGUGAGUGAGAUUGAUCCCAACAGCAUCGCCGCGAAGGACGGGCGGCUGCGGGAAGGGGAUCGCAUCAUCCAGAUCAAUGGCAUCGAGGUGCAGAACCGAGAGGAAGCUGUGGCACUUCUCUCCAGUGAGGAGAGCAAGAAUAUCUCCUUACUUGUGGCAAGACCAGAAAUUCAGCUGGAUGAAGGAUGGAUGGAUGAUGACAGAAACGAUUUUCUGGAUGACUUGCACAUGGACAUGUUAGAGGAACAGCACCACCAGGCAAUGCAAUUUACUGCCAGCAUGCUUCAGCAGAAGAAGCACGAGGAGGAUGGAGGCACCACAGACACGGCCACUAUUUUGUCCAACCAGCACGAGAAGGACAGCGGCGUGGGGCGCACGGACGACAGCACGCGCAACGACGAGAGCUCCGAGCAGGAGAACAACGGGGACGAUCACACCACCUCCUCCAACACCCUGGGCAGCCAGAAGAAGCUGACCUACAGCCACGACACCCUGGGGAGCGGGGAGAUGCAGUUCAGCAACGAGUCCUUCAUCUCAGCCGACUGCACCGACGUCGACUUCCUCGGCAUCCCCGUGGACGAGUGCGAGCGGUUCCGGGAGCUGCUGGAGCUGAAGUGCCAGGUGAAGUCUGCCAACCCCUACGGCCUGUACUACCACAACAGCAGCCUGGAGAUGAGCAAGAGCGACCAGGAGAGCGUCGACAGAGAGCUGGAGAUGCUCAACGAGGAGCUGCGCAACAUCGAGCUGGAGUGCCUGAACAUCGUGCGAGCCCACAAGAUGCAGCAGCUGAAGGAGCAGUACCGGGAGCCCUGGAUGCUGCACAACAGCGGCUUCAGAAACUACAACACGAGCAUCGACGCGCGCCGGCACGAGCUGUCGGACAUCACCGAGCUGCCCGAGAAGUCCGACAAGGACAGCUCGAGCGCCUACAACACGGGCGAGAGCUGCCGCAGCACCCCGCUCACGCUGGAGAUGUCCCCCGACAACUCCCUGCGCAGAACUGCGGAAGGCGGUAGCUGCCAAGGGAACGAGGGGGCAGCGGCCUAUAGCGCCUCCCAAAAGAGUUUGUUUGGCGGCUCGGAGAGCCGUGAAUCCGGCGCUGGUAAAUGCCACGCCGCCGCUAAAGAUCCUGAGCUUGGCAAGCAGCUGGAGAGCAAGGAGAGAAAAGGCAGCGACGGCAGCAAAAGCCCCACUCAGGGCCAGAAAGGCUCGGGCUCCUUCGUGUCCCCCUACCACCACUCUCCGUACAAACACGCUCACAUCCCUGCCCACGCCCAGCACUACCAGAGCUACAUGCAGCUGAUCCAGCAGAAAUCCGCCGUGGAGUACGCGCAGAGCCAGAUGAGCCUGGUCAGCAUGUGCAAGGACUUGGGCCAGAGCGAGCCCAGGAUGGAGUGGAAGGUCAAGGUCAGGAGCGACGGGACGCGCUACAUCACCAAGAGGCCGGUGAGGGACAGGCUGCUGAGGGAACGCGCCAUCAAGAUCAAGGAGGAGCGCAGCGGCAUGACCACGGAUGACGACGCCAUCAGCGAGAUGAAGAUGGGCCGGUACUGGAGCAAGGAGGAGAGGAAGCAGCACUUGGUGAAAGCCAAGGAGCAGAGGAGGCGGCGGGAGUUCAUGAUGCAGAGCAGGUUAGAGUGCUUAAAGGAGCAGCAAGGCGCGGAGGAGAAGAAGGAGAUGAACAUCAUUGAACUGAGCCACAAAAAAAUGAUGAAGAAGAGGAAUAAAAAGAUAUUUGACAAUUGGAUGACAAUCCAGGAACUGCUAACCCAUGGAACAAAGUCACCGGACGGCACGCGGGUGUACAAUUCCUUCCUGUCAGUGACUACUGUAUAAUCGAUCCCCAGGGCUCACUUAUGUACAUAAAACACUACCAGUGGGGUAGGAAUCAAUGCCUCGUUCAAGGUGGCAAGAUUUUUGUAUAUAAGAUACAGUCACUGAGUUUAUAGUUCAAAUACUGAACUCUACAGCCGUGGGUGCCAGGAUCUCCAUUCUGCAGUGGAGAGGAAGCUUGCCCAUCUCCUUCAAAGGCAAUAUUAGCAGUGCUUUUUGGAAUACUGAUUGUACUUUUUUACUUGUUACCUUUUACAUGAAGUGUUUAAAUAUCAGAAAUGUAUUAACCAUACUUACACAGGUAAUUUACCUAAACUAUAUUCAUAUUAAAAGGUACCCGUGCUUUUCUUUACAUAAAAAAAAAAUGCAAGAAACCCACAAGAGCAACUGCACAUAUGUAUUUUUUUUGGUGAAACCAUAUUUUGUGAUAUUAUUUUGCUGUUGUUCACUUCUACACAGAGUGCUGUUUAUCAAUACUUAGCUCAAGGUUUAAGCUCAGAAUUAGAAUCAUUCUCUUGUAAUAUCUAACAUUUAUCAAACAGCAGUUUUUAGAGUUAUGCUCAACAUUUAAACAUUUUUCUCUUUAAGGUUUCUGAAGGAAGUGUAGAGGUUUCAUCUGAAAAGCCUGAGGCAAAGUACACUAUUAUGCAGCUUUAAAGGAUUUUAAAGCAUGUUUGCAAAUGUUGCAACCUAUUGAAGAAACGUGCAUGUACAGCUAAUUUGUUUAUAUAAGACAGUUUGUGGAAUUUGAAAAGCCCAUGGUAGUAACUGUUUGCUUUAUAGAUUUGAAUGUAUUGAAUUAUAAAAGCAGUUUCAUGAAAUCAUCAUUAGCUACAAACGUUAACAAGUAAAAUG